AUGGAUUGCCACCUGCUCGGACUAAUUCUAGCUUUUCUCUUCGAUGGCACAAAGGUCUUAGCCGGGUACCCAAUCUGGUGGUCCCUUGCCCUGGGCCAGCAGUACAGCUCCCUGGGGUCCCAGCCCAUCCUCUGCGGCUCCAUCCCCGGCCUCGUACCCAAGCAGCUGCGCUUCUGCCGCAACUACAUCGAGAUCAUGCCCAGCGUGGCCGAGGGGGUGAAGCUGGGCAUCCAGGAGUGCCAGCACCAGUUCCGCGGCCGCCGCUGGAACUGCACCACCAUCGACGACAGCCUGGCCAUCUUCGGGCCCGUCCUGGACAAAGCCACCCGGGAGUCCGCCUUCGUGCACGCCAUCGCCUCGGCCGGGGUGGCCUUCGCCGUCACUCGCUCCUGCGCCGAGGGCACCUCCACCAUCUGCGGCUGCGACGCCCACCACAAGGGCCCCCCCGGGGACGGCUGGAAGUGGGGGGGCUGCAGCGAGGACGCCGACUUCGGGGUGCUGGUGUCGAGGGAGUUCGCCGACGCGCGGGAGAACCGCCCCGACGCCCGCUCCGCCAUGAACCGCCACAACAACGAGGCGGGCAGGACGACCAUCCUGGACCACAUGCACCUGAAGUGCAAGUGCCACGGGCUGUCGGGCAGCUGCGAGGUGAAGACCUGCUGGUGGGCGCAGCCUGACUUCAGGGCCAUCGGCGACUACCUGAAGGACAAAUACGACAGCGCCUCCGAGAUGGUGGUGGAGAAGCACCGCGAGUCCCGCGGCUGGGUGGAGACCCUGCGGGCCAAGUACGCCCUCUUCAAGCCCCCCACCGAGCGGGACCUGGUCUACUACGAGAACUCCCCCAACUUCUGCGAGCCCAACCCCGAGACAGGCUCCUUCGGCACCCGGGACAGGACCUGCAACGUCAGCUCGCACGGCAUCGACGGCUGCGACCUGCUGUGCUGCGGCCGCGGCCACAACACCCGGACGGAGAAGCGCAAGGAGAAAUGUCACUGCAUCUUCCACUGGUGCUGCUACGUGAGCUGCCAGGAGUGCACCCGCGUCUACGACGUCCACACCUGCAAGUAA